UCUUUAGCUACUAAAUUUGAACCAUCUCAAUUAAAUACUCGUCAUAAAGUAAGAUUAUAUGAAGUUUUACAUGGGUUUGCUUAUCUUACACAAUUUUGGAAAAAAUAUAUAGAUAGUGAUAUGGCAAAUAGGAUCUUAACAUUUUGGACUGGAUGUGAUCCUCAAUAUAUUCUUGUUGAAUUUGAUGAUUUUUCUCAAGGAAAGAAUUAUCCUUUUGAUAAUGAAACAAUUUAUCAAUUUGAAAAUAAUAUAUAUAAAUAUUGGUGUUGGAUUAAAGAUGCAUAUCUAGAAAUAGGAACAGUUACUUCUAGAAUUUUUGGUAUUUGUGUUAAUGCUGCAUCAGUUGAAAGAUUAUGA